UAAGACACUGGUUGUGGACGAUGAGUAUGAAGAUGUUUUUUUUUGUGGAGGACGAUUCGCCAAGGAAAUAUGUAUCAUCAACUCAUUCUUCACCAAAAAUACAUGCUCCAUCACCACCAAUGCCAUCACCAAAACCGCCACCACCUUCACCUCCAUCUUUGGAUACUUUUUCUAAAAAGAAGUCAGCAUCAUUUAAACGGAAGAAUAACUGCAAAGACAGCGAACUCCUCAAAAAUGAAUUGUUUCAGUUCGCUAUGGCAAAUCGGAGAGCCGAAAAAGAGUUUAUGCAGCUUGAGCACGACGAAAAAAUGAAGAGCAUAAUAAUAGAGUGGGAGAUUAAACUAAAAACAUUAAAUAUGUAUCCAUAAAAGGUACGGAUUUCGAAUUGGUGUGAACAUUUAGUACAAACUUACCUCGUUCCGUCCCCAAUAUCUUAUUGCAGCCAUUACUUGGAUAUCUAUGGGGAUGUGGCCUCCUCUAUUGUCGCUGCUGAGAUCCGAACGGAUAAUUUAAACUAUUUUUAUUAUAUUCCUUUUUGAAAAUCUAUAUUUUUUUUAAAUUCUUAAACUUUCCCACUUCUCGGAGUUGGUAAAACGCGAUUUAAAUUAUUAAAAUCGUUAAUAAAUGAGCUAAAUUGGAAAGGCAUUAUUGUUCUCUUUUAAAUUUAAAUAAUGGAGAGAAAUCAAAAUGACAUUUACGAAAUAAUAACAACAAUAAUUUCCUUAUGUAGGCUCUAUUCAACCUCAAAACGAGUUUAGCUUAUUAUGGGACUAUGCAACCUUGCAUAAGUUUUAUAAAUAGCAUUUUUGCG